GGGCGCCUUAAAAACCGGAGCUGGCACUUGGCAGCGCCACUCUGGGCUGGAUCCAACGUCGCUCCGGCUGCUCUUGACGACUCCACAGAUUCCCCGAAGCUAUGGCCAGCAAGGGCUUGCAGGACCUGAAGCAACAGGUGGAGGGGACAGCCCAGGAAGCCGUGUCAGCGGCCGGAGCAGCAGCUCAGCAAGUGGUGGAUCAGGCCACAGAGGCGGGGCAGAAAGCCAUGGACCAGCUGGCCAAGACCACCCAGGAAACCAUCGACAAGACUGCUAGCCAGGCCUCUGACACCUUCUCUGGGAUCGGGAAAAAAUUCGGCCUCCUGAAAUAACAGCAGGGAGACCUGGGUGACCCCCCUCCAGGCGCCAUCCAGCAGAGCCUGGCCCUGACCUCCGGGCAUCCGCCACCUCCUCGGUCUGCCCCCUCAUUAAAAUUCACGUUCCCA